AUGCUGCCAUACAUCAAUACCCCGUUCGAGUACGUCGCGGGCAAACUGGGCGCUUCUAGCGAUGAGCUCAAGCUCAUUGUCCUCUUCCUGUUCUCAUAUCCGCUCGCUGCCGUCCUCAAAAGACUCCCUGACGACAAGCCGCACGUGAAAAAUGUCUUCAACAUCUCCGUCACAAUCUUCUACCUCAUCGGCCUCUUCGAUCUCUGGUCCGGGCUAGCAGUUAUCCUCUUCGAUUCAAUCGGAACCUACCUGAUCGCCGCCUAUGUGGAAGGCCCCUACAUGCCAUGGAUCGGCUUCGUCUUCCUUAUGGGCCACAUGUCCGUCAGCCACAUUUACCGCAUGAUGGCGGACGCUCCGAGUUCCAUCGACAUCACCGGCGCACAGAUGGUCAUUGUCAUGAAGUUAUCAGCCUUCUGCUGGAACGUAUGGGAUGGCAAACAGCCUGACUCGGAGCUCAAUGAGGUUCAAAAGGAGAGAGCCAUUCCCAAGCUACCUGACCCUCUUAAUUAUGCUGGUUUUGUGGCCUUCUUCCCAUCGAUUAUGGCCGGCCCAGCCUUCGAUUUUGUUGACUACGAACGAUGGAUUACCACCACCAUGUUCGACCUACCUCCUGGCACAGAUCCCUUGAAGGCACCACCUACCCGAAAGAAGCGAAGAAUCCCGCGCAGUGCCACGCCCGCACUGUGGAAAAUGGCCAUCGGCCUGAUCUGGAUAGUCGGUUUCCUGCAACUGAGCGCGUACCACAAUCCUCAAGUCGUUCUAAGUGAUCGAUAUGCCAAGAUGAACUUUUUCUGGCGGGUGUAUCACCUCCACAUGCUGAACUUCGUCCAACGAAUGAAGUACUACGGCGUGUGGACUCUGACCGAAGGAGCCUGCAUCUUGUCUGGAAUCGGGUACAAAGGUCUCGAUCCAAAGACUGGCAAACCUGACUGGGGUCGUUUGACCAAUAUCAAACCAGCUGGCGUGGAGUUUGCGCAGAACAGCCACGCAUACCUGGGCAAUUGGAACAUCAACACGAAUCACUGGCUACGAAAUUACAUGUACUUGCGCGUUACUCCUAAGGGGAAGAAACCAGGAUUCAGAGCAAGCAUGGCCACGUUCGUGACUAGCGCUUUCUGGCACGGCUUCGCUCCUGGAUAUUACAUGACCUUCGUCCUGGCGAGCUUCAUCCAGAAUGUAGCCAAGAACUCCCGCCGCCUACUCCGCCCCUUCUUCUUCACCCCCGACGGCACCAAACCCACCAAAUACAAACCCUACUACGACGUCUUCACCUGGCUCGUCACGCAACUCGCCUUCUCCUUCACCACAACCCCCUUCAUCCUCCUCUCCGUCCACGACAGCGUCCUCGUCUGGGCCCGCGUCUACUUCUACUGCAUCAUCGGCGUCGCCGCCCUCAACGUCUUCCUCCUCACCCCGGGUAAGACCUGGCUUUCCAAGAAGGUCAAAGCCCGCAGCACGUCGACCCGUCCCGACCUAAAGCGGAACGAGAGUCAGGAGAGUUUGCAGGGUGCCACGUUGGGGGUUCCGGUAGAUCCUGGGAAGGAGUAUGAUGAGAUGGUUGAUGAGAUUGUUGAGGAGGUUAAGAGGAGGAGGGGGAGUAAACCUGGUCCCGAGGGGUUGGAGUUGAGGAAGUUGGUGGAGGAGACGUUGAAUCAGAAGAGUAAGAAGGGCCAGUGA